AUGGCUGCAGAGAUCUUUGGCAACAAGAUUCUGAUUACAGGAUAUGAGUUAAGUGCUCUAUAUUCUUAUUCAAUUAGAAGAAACACUCAUUCACCUAUAUUUGAUCUACUAUACAUGAAAUAUAAAAUCCUUUUUUCCCAUCAAGAAAGAGCUUUUAUUUUUUGCGAUGGUUUUGGUGCUAAUAUGACCUGGGAAAAUGAAACAAACUAUUUCACUGCCGUGAUUUAG